CCGGGUCAUCUGGCGCUGGAUCGUCUGGCUCGACAGCGGGCAUCGGGUCACCAGGCAUGACAGCGGGCACUGGGUCAUCAGGCAUUGGAUCGUCUGGCUCGACAGCGGGCAUCGGGUCACCAGGCAUGACAGUGGGCACUGGGUCAUCAGGCAUUGGAUUGUCUGGCUCGACAGCGGGCAUCGGGUCACCAGGCAUGGCAGCGGGCACCGGGUCAUCAGGUACCGGAUCGUCUGGAUCAACAGCGGGCACCGGGUCAUCUGGCGUUGGAUCGUCUGGCUCGACAGCGGGCAUCGGGUCACCAGGCAUGACAGCGGGGCACUGGGUCAUCAGGCAUUGGAUCGUCUGGCUCAACAGCGGGCAUCGGGUCACCAAGCAUCAGGUCAUUUGGCUCGACAGCGGGCACCGCGUCAUCUGGCAAGGCAGGGGGCACCGAGUCACCAGGCACGACAGUGGGCUCUGAGUCAAUUGGCUCGACAGCGGGCACCAGGGUCAUCAGGUACCGGAUCGUCUGGCUCGACAGCAGGCACCGGGUCAUCUGGCGCUGGAUCAUCUGGCUCGACAGCGGGCAUCGGGUCACCAGGCAUGACAGCGGGCACUGGGUCAUCAGGCGU